AUGUCAACUGUUAGACCGCAGCUUGAGAUUCCUGUGGGGUUUCGAUUUCUUCCCACCAAAGAAGAAAUCCUUCGUGAUUACCUUCAACCAUUCAUCAAGGGCGAUCCUAUACCUUCUGGUGUGAUGAAGGAGUUGGAUAUAUAUGGGGCAAAUCGCGAGCCUUGGAAUAUUUUCGACCAAGAUUCGGCAGAGUCUCUGGGUUAUCACGAAGCUGAUGAAGAAGAGCAAAUCAAGAAUCGAAAGAACCGCGGGAGAUGGAUGUUGGCUCCAACAAUAUAUCAAAGAAGUGAAGAACUCGGACGGCGGCGAAGUCAUAGGUUAUGA